CAAGGACAGACCCAGGCCCCCUGCUUCUCUGAAAUGGACCGCUAGUCCCCAGCUCACCCCAGAUAAGAUUCUGAGACUACAAGUCCCAAGUCAGCCUCACUGGGCUAAUCAGUCUCUCGGUUGGCAGGCAGGUUCCUUUUGGAGGCUCUGGGUAAGAACCUUUUCCUUGACUCUGCCGGCUUCUAGAGGCUGCUGGCACUUGCCAACUUGUAGCUGCGUCACUCCAAUCUCCACUUCCACUAUCACAUUGCCUUCUCUCCGUAAAGCAGAUACAUUCCCCUCUGUUUUAUAAGAAUCCUGGUGACGACAUUGGGCCCACCCGGAUAAUCCAGGAUUGCCUUCCUAUCACGAGAUCCUUAAGUGAAUCACAUCUGCAGAGUCCCCUUUGCCAUAUAAGGUAACUUUCACAGGUUCCCAGAAUUAGGACAUGGAUAGCUUUAAGGGCCAUCAUGCAGCUACCACAGGGAAUGAUUUAAAAUAGAGUGAUUGAGAAAGGCCUCCCUGGGAAGGUGACAUCUGAGUAAGGGAGGCGGUGGAGCAGCGGGUCAUGCGGCCUCCGGGGAAGAGCUCCCAGCAGAGGGACACCGGGUGUGGUAACUUCAUGCAACAGGUGACGGAAAGAUCACUGGAAUCUUGGAUCUUCAUGCGGAAGAGGGAUUCGGAGGAUUCAUCUGCAAUGGAGCCACUGCAGUACCCGGUGAGGAAUCUACAGAGCUGGACUGUCCCGGGUCAUCAUUCAGCUCGCUGUUCCUGGGACGUCAGAGCUUACGCUUCCUGCACUAAAGCUGACUGCCAUACUCUGGAGCGACGUGGCUGGAUUGGAGUGGUUGGAAGUACCCGGACGUUAGGAGAAGUUUGGGGAAGAGGUUUGUUGUUGAGCCCUAAACCAACAGGGACACAGCUGACUGUGGAGGUCCACCCUCGGGAUGCCAUGCCCCAGCUGCUCAAGAAGUUCUCCUUGGCUAAACGUUUACAAGGCGAUAAAAAUGGAAACACAAGACCCCGGCAGCCUGGAGGGAAAGACGCCCACGCCUACCCCUGGGAUCGCUCCAGCCUGAAAUCCAUGGCCCUGGACCUGCGGCAGUUUGAGAAACUGGACACCUAUGCCUCACAGGUGACAGUCAAGAGUGGCCUGGACGCUCUGGUGAGCGACCUGCUCCAGGAGGCCCACAGUGACCUGGAGAGGGUCCGCGCCAUCUGGAUCUGGAUCUGCCACCACAUAGAGUAUGACAUCGAGGCCGCCCAGGAGAAGGACCGCCAGGCCUUCAAACCCACCACCAUCCUGCAGACCCAGAAGACCAACUGUGAUGGCUACGCUGGGCUCUUUGAGAGAAUGUGCAGGAUCGCUGGCGUGCAGUGCGUGACCGUGCCUGGCUACUCCAAGGGCUUUGGCUACCAGCCGGGGCAGAGCUUCUCUGGGGAGUUUGACCACGCCUGGAACGCCGUGUUCCUGGAGGGGAGAUGGCACCUGGUGGACAGCACCUGGGGCAGCGGCCUGGUGGAUUCCACCACCUCCAAGUUCACCUUCCUCUACAAUGAAUUCUACUUCCUCACCCACCCUGCACUGUUUAUCGAGGACCAUUUCCCGGACAACAAGAACUGGCAACUGCUCAAGCCUCCUCAAUCUCUGAGGCAGUUUGAGAAUAACAUGUAUCACAAGAGUGAGUUCUACAACAAGGGGAUGCUGAGUGCCCACCCGCAGACCUCCAUCAUCAAGACAGCGAACGGGAAGGUCACAGUCACCAUCGAGAGCUGCGCCCCGACGCUGUUCAUGUUCAUGCUCAAUGGCAAGCAGGAGCACGGACUGCUGAGCCUCAGGAAGAACGGAAUGAAGCUGGACGUGUACCCUCCGACCGUGGGCACCCACAAGCUGCAGAUCUUCGCCAAGGGCAACUCGGAGAUCUACAGCUCGGUGCUGGAGUACACACUCAAGUGCCACUACGCGGACAUCGACGUCCGGCUGCCCGCGGAGCUGCACCAGCCCGUGGGGCCCAGCUGGUUCUCGGAGCAGAUGGGCAUCACGAAGCCAUCCCACACCGAGCCCGUCAUCUACACCAGCGACGGGCGCUGCUCCGUCAGCUUCGGCGUGGAGGAGGGCGUCAGCGUCCUGGCAUCGCUGCACGGGGACGACGGCCCCGUCACCGAGGAGGCACAGCGGCGCUACAUCUUCCAGCUGCAGCGGGAGAAGCGGACGGAGCUGAAAGUCCAGUUGCCCCACGCCGGCAAGUUCGCGCUCAAGAUCUUCGUCAAGAAGAGGCAGGAGCCGGGCAACUACGUCUUCGUCUUCAAUUACCUCCUGUGCUGCACCAACAGCAAGGUGAACUGGCCCGUGUUCCCCGAGAGCUUCGGCAACUGGGGGCAGGACAACGAGCUACUGGAGCCCCUGUCGGGCGUGCUGCCCGCCAACCACGACGUCCCGUUCAAACUGAAGCUGCACGGUGUCGCCAAAGCCCUGGUGAAGGGGCAGGACACGUGGCCCCUGACCCUGAACCGCGAGGGCUACUGGGAGGGCAGCUGCAGCACAGCCGGCUGCCAGGAGGUCUACGUCAUGGUGCUGGAGAAUGCCAACCACAACUUCUACUCCUACAUCCUGAAAUACAAGGUGAAUGCCCAGUGAGGGCCGGGGCCCCGCCACCCCUGCUCCGGGCAGUGCAGAGAGCCCCAGACACCCCUGAGUCUGCAUGGAAUCCCUUCUAGGCCUCUGCCUCAGUCUCCCCGCUCUGCCGUGGGAGCUGUGAUGUUUGUGUUCGGGUGGCCGAGGGGACAGAGGCAAAGGCCCUUUAGAAGACAAAGGUGCUAUGUAAAUCUAAGGUAUUGUAAACUGUACACCACUGCCCAGACGCCCCCUUCUCGUGCUGAUGCUGUCGUCGUUGUUACCUGGCUGGUGUGGGAAAGCAGGGAUGCUGCCCGGGCCGAAAGCUUUGCCCAUGAUGCGGAGAGAGAAGAGGGCGUGCUCUACGAGGCUGAGUCAUCCUGAAUCCUAGAGCCCCUUUCAAGGAGCAUCGCAGUGUUUCUCACCAACUCCUGGACCCCAGGGGAGGCUGGACUGUCAUCUUUUUCCCAGACCUGACCGCCUUCCGCAUUCCCGAUGCCGCUUCUUGUUCUUCCAGGGUCCGAGAAGGAAGGUGUGGAGAGGAAACUGACUGCCCCCCAGCUGACUGGGGGCUGAGGGCCUCCACAAUCCCUGUGUGUGCUGGGAAUGUGGCAACAGAAAAGUUAUGGGAGACGCCAAGGCCAGGAGCAGCCAGUGCCCGCUCUUGGUGUCCUGGGUAGGGGCCAGGAGGUGCCGGGAUACAUGGCAGCCCUGCCACCUGAGUCUAAGGCUGUAAGACCUCUGACUCUGCUCUCAAAGGGAGUAAUUCAGUCCACUCUGUCUAAGAGCAAUUCACUCGGCCCCUCCAGGCCCUCUCAGGCCCCAGCCUGCACCCUUCACAGGAAGCCCCAGGAGGCUGCUGGGCCCUUGGGGAGCCCUGGCGAUAAUAAAGACUUUGGGUGAAGUAGUGAGAAUGCCGCAGUGCCAACGGGCCCCCACGAUAACAGGGCCCUGCCAGCCCCAAGAUCCCUACCACCAAAGCCACACCUGGGGGGACCUCGACCUGUCUUGGGAGCAGUUUCUGUGCUGAUCGCUAUCCUAUGCCCCUUGCUCCCUUUCUCAGACAAGAGAGACCCCCAGGGCCCGCCUUCCGUAGGGACCGUCCAGAGCCCCUUACUUGCUCAGGCCUGAGAAGCAUCGCUGCCCAGCCGGCCCUUAGCAGCACCUCGGGCCAACGUUGCCAUGGCAACAGCAGAAAGGCUGGCUCCAGCAAGGGCAGCAGGAAGGGAAAAAUGGAGAGGCCCCAAGAGGCCCUGCGUGGCCACUGCAGCACCAUCCCAGCACAUGGAGACGCUGGAGGUGGUUCCGCCUGCCCUCCUGGCUUCUCCAGCUCUGCAGCCCCUGCCUAUCAGUGUCUCAGCCCCUGAGAGCCAGCACUGCCCAGCACUCUCCUCCCCACACUGUCGCUCCAAACGCCCGGGCUCAGCUACAGCCAGGGCCCCCGGGGAUCCUCACAGCCUCCUGUGCCUUCCUCCUCGCAUUUGUAUAUUCAACAGAUGUUCGUGGAGCACUUAAUAAGCACCAGGUACGGCGUCAGUUGACCUUUCAUGCUGGGGCUACAGAGGGAACCAAGGGGCCCUGCCCUCGCCACCCCAGAGCUCAGGGUGGGUGGCAGCAGCCUCUCUUGCCCAGGCCUGUUUCAAGUUCCAGGCUCCUAACACUUCAGUCCAUCAUCCCCCUAGGAGCUCUCCCCCGAAAACCCCCACUGUCACCCAGUAUGGACCCGGUCCAGAGAGAUGUUACUACGGGGUGCCCAUCCUCCACCAGGCGGGGGGCCCUGGAACUCAAGGGCAGUACACCGUGGGGGGGCCAAGCUGCCCUGGCCUGUGUCCAGCCGUCCUCUGAUAGGCUCUGCCACCCAGGCAUUCAGCACCGUGUCACUCAUGCCUGGAAAAUGCACAAAGGCCGCAGACGCAGAACCGCUGUGCACCACACCAGGGAAGCAAGGGGAGUUUGUACACCCUGAAAACAGCCUUUUCUCACCCCCUUUGAUUUUUUGGGCUGAAAGGAAUGUGCUGUGUUUCAUCAAAAUAAUAAGUGCCUUCUCUGACUCCUGUCACUCCCUGUACCCAGGGCUGGCUGCUAGUCCUGCCGAGAACAACAUGCGGAUUUCCUUUACAAAACAAUGUAAUUAAUCUAUACAUUCGAGAGCACACAAAGGAUGCCGCCCAGAAGAACAGGAGCUCUGUCCCUAGACGGAGACGGAGGCCCAGCCUCUCAAAGCCCUGGGGAGCAUCACCAGCGCCCCCUGCUCAUUUAAACAGGCACCCCCGCCCCUUGUAAAGGCAGCUAAACAGGCACCAGCGCCCCCUGCUCAUUUAAACAGGCACCCCCGCCCCUUGUAAAGACAGCUGCAGGCACAGUCAGACGACACGUGCAUUUCUUCCCACUAAAGUAAAAAUACAUGAAAUGAAAUCCGAUCUUCAUGAAUUUUUACACGCAUGCUGCUCAGGGUAGAAUUCGGGGCUGCAUUUCGAUGUCUUUUAUUCAAAUCCCUAGCUUUGUUUCCCGGUCGAGGCGUUCCAGCGGCCAGCGGAAUGGCACGGGCGCCCCCUGGUGCCCUACGCGCGGAGCUGCGGGCGCUGCAGAUCCCCUUGAGGCUGAAUCUAUCGCCGGGGUUUUCCCACAGAAUUUGAAAAAUGCAGCUGAGAUGUUUAUGUUAAAUUCACUGAGUGCUUUCUCGUGGCUUCUCAGCGCUUCCUCGUGUAUACAUGGAGCACGUCGUUGCCACGCACAAGUUGUGAGGUGAGACUGGGGCCUGCCUGGCAUGGCGAGACGACGUGAAUGUAAUAGGACUGGGGAGUAUUUUGCCCGGCAAUCCCGUAGGAGUGGAUGGAACAGUUUGACCACACUCAUUCCUGCGCCAGUGAAGGACUGGAACUGAUCGAACUCAGAGAGCUUUUGCUGCAAGUCCCCAGAAGGGCAUGGAGGGUCGUGGAGGGUGGGGGGAGUAGGAUGGGGCAAAUGGGCUACAAACACAACCGCAAUUAACUUCUUUUCAGCUUGUUUCGGAAGCGCCACCAGCACAGCUGGACUCCGUUUUCAGUCUGAUUGUGAUCAUUGUGUGUUCCCCAUAUGUUACAUUGUCCCACCAGGGCGAACCCCUCACAGCCUGCUGAGAUUAAAAGGAAAUAAAUAGAUUAACUGAAGCAUGAAAGAUUUAGGCUAGACAUAACAAAGUAUUUCCUGUUGUUAAGCAGGAGGGACAAGUUGCCAAGAAAGUUUGUGAAAUCCUCUUCUUAAAGGACGGAAAAAAUAGAAAAGUUUUCCCAGUGGUCUGGGGUCUUUGAUGCCACACUAACUGGAAGGACUAGGUUCUUUCCAAACCAGUUUAAUUCUUGAAAUACGCUCCAUCACCCACAGCAAACAGGGGACCAGAAUGGUAUGGUCGCGUCCUUUGCUGUUGGCUAAGCAUUCAGAGGUUGUCUGCAUCUGUGUCCCCCGUCAGUUUAUCUGAGGUCGAUCAUUUCUUUUCAUUUGGAUGAGUAGUUGGAGCUCUGAAGAGGUGAUUAGUUUUCAUAACGUGUGCAUUGAGUUGUGUGGGCCACUGGCUGUUGAGUAUGCUUUCCCCACAUUGUUGCUCGUGUUGUUUUUCAAUA